AUGGCUGACGUCGGUGAAGCCUCUGGCAAGCCGCCGAAGGGCAAGCACGAGUCCAGCAAGGAUACUUACACCUACAAUGGCAAGGAGUACUCGGCCAAGGAAUUUUACGAGAAGCUGAAAGACAGCAAGCGAAAUAGCCAUGCUUCCUGGUGGGCUUUCUUCAACGUUGUGCUGGUAAACAACGCAGUGAAGCUGGCCUGCACGUUUUGCCCCACCCUGCGCACUCAGGCCUCACAGUUCUCGGGUCUGCGGUGUGUGACGGUGUUGUUAGCUUGUCAGGGCUUGGUGGUGUGCAACCUUUCCAAGCACGCAGCCAAUGUGUUUGGAAAGAAAAGGAAAGGUGUACAGACGGAGGAAGUGAGGUUAGUUGGUGGUGUUGAAGGCGGCGGUGGUGGUGGAACUGCAAAGACUCUGGGGCAAACAUCUGCCGGCGCACUGCCCCCAAAGUCUCCAUCACAAUUCCUAGUCGUGAGCAGCGCCCAGCGGUUGCCCAGCUUGUUGACACAGGUGGUGUGCAACCUUUCCAAGCACGCAGCCAAUGUGUUUGGAAAGAAAAGGGAAGGUGUACAGACGAGGAAUCGUGAGCAGCGCCCAGCGGUUGCCCAGCUUGUUGACACAGGUGGUGUGCAACCUUUCCCAGCACGCAGCCAAUGUGUUUGGAAAGAAAAGGGAAGGUGUACAGACGGAGGAAGUGGUGUUGAAGGCGGCGGUGGUGGUGGAACUGCAAAGACUCUGGGGCAAACAUCUGCCGGCGCACUGCCCCCAAAGUCUCCAUCACAAUUCCUAGUCGUGAGCAGCGCCCAGCGGUUGCCCAGCUUGUUGACACAGGUGGUGUGCAACCUUUCCAAGCACGCAGCCAAUGUGUUUGGAAAGAAAAGGAAAGGUGUACAGACGGAGGAAGUGAGGUUAGUUGGUGGUGUUGAAGGCGGCGGUGGUGGUGGAACUGCAAAGACUCUGGGGCAAACAUCUGCCGGCGCAUUGCCCCCAAAGUCUCCAUCACAAUUCCUAGUCGUGAGCAGCGCCCAGCGGUUGCCUAGCUUGUUGACACAGGUGGUGUGCAACCUUUCCAAGCACGCAGCCAAUGUGUUUGGAAAGAAAAGGAAAGGUGUACAGACGGAGGAGCUUUUGGGACUGCGUUUAGGUCAGUCAUGUUUUAUCGGACUUGUACAUUACAAAGAUCUUGAACAAAUAGAUGGAAUGAUUUGCCUUAUCGGCGGAGUACAGAACGUCAGAUGCAGGGUAGCUACAUAA